AUGCCUCCCAAAAUGGCGUCAGUGAGGUUUACUGUAACUCCGACGAAGAUGGAUGAUCUAGGUGGUAUAUCAGAUAGUAGCCCAGAUCUCAGCUCCUCUUCUCGAGUCCGAUUCAGUUCAAGAGACAGUGUUCGUGAUGCUAGUCGAAGUGAUGUGUACAGUGAUAGCUCUUUAGCCACCACUGCUGUGGAUCCAGCUAGUGAGAGGACAACAAACCCAAUGGACAGUGGCGAAGAUCGAAGCCAGACAUCCGUAACAGAGGAAACAGCAAGCUUUUAGAGAUUGACCGCAGGAAGAACUCUGCUCUCUACCAGAAUCACAAUGAAGAUGGGGAAGAUUCAUAUGACAGAAAUCUGGCCUUGUUUGAGGAGGAGAUGGACACAAGACCUAAAGUUUCAUCGCUCUUGAACCGCCUGGCCAAUUACACUAACCUCCCUCAAGGUGCAAGAGAACAUGAGGAGGAGAGUGAGGGUAAAAAGAAGCCAACCAAGGCACCUCGAAUGGGAACGAUUAUGGGGGUGUACCUUCCGUGCUUACAAAACAUUUUCGGUGUUAUCUUGUUUCUUCGUCUCCCUUGGGUAGUGGGGACUGCUGGAGUACUACAUGCUUUCUGCAUUGUGUUUUCCUGCUGCUGCUGUACAAUGCUUACAGCAAUUUCAAUGAGUGCUAUAGCGACCAAUGGAGUAGUACCAGCGGGUGGUUCAUAUUUUAUGAUUUCCCGGGCACUUGGCCCUGAAUUUGGAGGUGCUGUUGGUCUCUGCUUCUACCUUGGAACAACGUUUGCCACUGCUAUGUAUAUCCUUGGGGCAAUUGAGAUAUUCCUGGUGUACAUUGCUCCUGAUGCUGUAAUUUUUAAAGGUGAAGGCGUGGCGGAGAACUCGGCAGCAAUGCUGAAUAACAUGCGUGUUUAUGGCACAGUAUUUCUCAUUCUUAUGUCUGUCAUUGUUUUUGUGGGAGUACGCUAUGUGAAUAAGUUGGCAUCACUCUUCCUGGCCUGCGUCGUACUGUCUAUUCUCGCCAUCUAUGCAGGAGCACUUAAAUCUGCCUUUGCUCCACCUGAAUUCCCCGUCUGUCUGCUUGGGAACCGUACACUGUCUAGGCUAGGGUUUAGCACCUGUGCCAAGACAGUGCAGAAGGACAACUUAACUUCAGUGUCUGACUUGUGGGAUAUGUUCUGUCAUCCUCUUGGGCUCCUAAAUGCUACAUGUGAUGAAUACUUUUUCCAUAAUAAUGUUACAGAAAUACAAGGCAUUCCAGGUCUGAGCAGUGGCAUCCUAUCUGAGAACCUAUGGAGCAAUUACCUCCAGAAAGGAGAGAUCAUAGAAAAGGCUUCUUUAGCUUCAUCUGAAGCGGUUGGGUCCCUCUCCCAUGAUUAUGUUAUGGCUGAUAUUACAACAUCGUUCACCCUCCUUGUUGGCAUUUUUUUUCCAUCAGUUACAGGAAUUAUGGCUGGAUCCAAUCGUUCUGGGGACCUCAAAGAUGCUCAAAAGUCUAUCCCAAUUGGCACAAUUCUUGCCAUCCUUACCACUUCCUUAGUCUAUCUUAGUAAUGUUAUCUUGUUUGGAGCCUGCACUGAUGGAGUGGUGCUCAGAGAUAAGUUUGGAGAUGCAGUAAAGGGAACUCUUGUAGUAGGUGCCCUCUCUUGGCCUUCCCCUUGGGUCAUAGUGAUUGGAUCAUUUUUUUCUACCUGUGGAGCAGGACUACAGAGCCUGACGGGUGCCCCACGACUUCUUCAGGCCAUUGCCAAGGAUGGAAUCAUCCCUUUCCUGAGGGUAUUUGGUCACGGAAAGAGCAACGGGGAACCUACUUGGGCAUUGUUGCUUACAGCUGGAAUUGCUGAGCUGGGGAUUCUCAUUGCUUCUUUGGAUUUGGUAGCACCAAUCCUGUCCAUGUUUUUCCUGAUGUGCUACCUUUUUGUCAACUUGGCUUGUGGGUUACAGACUCUUCUCCGUUCUCCAAACUGGCGGCCACGUUUCCAGUAUUACCACUGGACAUUAUCUUUCUUGGGGAUGGCUCUUUGCUUAGCCUUAAUGUUCAUAUCAUCUUGGUAUUAUGCCCUCAUUUCCAUGGUGAUUGCCGGAAUGAUCUACAAGUACAUAGAAUAUCACGGGCGGAAAAAAGAAUGGGGAGAUGGGAUCAGAGGUCUUUCUCUAAGUGCUGCACGCUUUGCUUUACUUAGACUGGAAGAGGGACCACCACAUACUAAAAACUGGAGGCCACAGCUGCUUGUUCUGGUGGAACUGGAUUCAGAUCUUCAUGUAUCUCAGCCACACCUCCUUUCCUUUGCAUCUCAGUUGAAAGCUGGAAAAGGCCUAACUCUUGUUGGGUCUGUUUUGAUUGGGGAUUACCUGGAGAAUUAUGCAGAAGCUCUGGCAGCGGAGCAGGCACUGAAGCAGCUGAUGGAACAAGAACGAGUAAAAGGCUUCUGUCAGGUGGUUGUAGCCCAGAAGAAAAGAGAGGGUUUGUCUCACCUUAUCCAGUCCUGUGGCCUUGGAGGAAUGAGACACAAUACUGUGAUUAUGGGUUGGCCAAGUGGCUGGAGACAGAGCGAUGACUCUCGGGCAUGGAAGACAUUCAUCACUACUGUUCGUGUCACCACUGCUGCCCGCCUAGCCUUGCUUGUGGCUAAGAAUGUGUCUCUGUUUCCUGGGUCCCGGGACAUUUUAGCAGAGGGGAACAUAGAUGUGUGGUGGAUUGUACAUGAUGGUGGGAUGCUAAUGCUGUUGCCUUUCCUCCUGAAGCAGCACAAGGUUUGGCGGAAGUGCAAGAUGCGUAUUUUUACAGUGGCUCAAAUGGAAGACAACAGCAUUCAGAUGAAGAAAGAUUUGGCCACAUUUCUCUACCAUUUACGUAUCCAAGCUGAUGUGGAGGUGGUAGAAAUGCAUGACAGUGAUAUUUCUGCCUAUACCUAUGAGCGCACACUUAUGAUGGAGCAAAGAUCACAGAUGUUGAGGCAAAUGCGCCUUUCAAAGACAGACAGGGAACGGGAGGCUCAGCUGGUGAAGGACAGAAACUCCAUGCUACGGCUGACGAGCGUUGGCUCUGAUGAUGAUGAGGACACAGACGCUGUUCCAACAAGAGUACACAUGACAUGGACCAAGGAUAAACAUCAAGCCUUGCGUGUAGCCCAAUGCAAUGCAAUGCCCAGCUUUCAGGAUUUGCUUAGCAUGCGCCCGGAUCAGUCUAAUGUACGGCGUAUGCACACAGCAGUGAAACUGAAUGAGGUCAUUGUCAACAAAUCUCAUGAUGCUAAACUGGUACUAUUGAAUAUGCCUGGACCUCCACGUAACUCACAGGGUGAUGAAAACUAUAUGGAGUUUCUUGAAGUCUUGACUGAAGGCUUGGAACGCGUGCUUUUAGUAAGAGGCGGUGGAACAGAAGUCAUCACUAUAUACUCUUAA